AUGGACAAGGAAUACGAUGUGAUCGUUCUAGGGACGGGCUUGAAGGAGUGCAUACUCAGCGGUCUUCUCUCUGUCGGUGGGCUCAAGGUGCCGUCGUCCCUCUUCGCCGCUGAAUCCUCAUCUCUAGAUUUCCUCGUGGCUGGUUAUUUCUUUGCUUGUUUUUGAUGUUCGUACAUCACGGCCGUGAUUUCGCAUCGGAAACGAUUUCCCUUUCUCCCGGCCUGUAACAGAACAGGCACGAUGACUAUUCUCCUGCAACCGAUUCCUCGAUGCUCGCCAAUUCGUUGAUGAAUUGAGACUAGUAUCUUGCGUCCCGAAGGCCGCCAUCUCUGUCAUCUAAUCUGGCUAGGGGCCGUGCGGUUGCCCUCCUUCGAAUGUCGAUGCGAUGUGUUCUGGUCGACGGCUUUUUUCCUCCUCUGUCAAUAUAAAGCUUUCCGGUCUGUUGUUUGGGCAGGUCCUCCACAUGGACAGGAAUGACUAUUAUGGGGGGGAAUCGAGCUCUCUAAAUCUCGUUCAGGUUCUCUCAUAUUCACUCUUAAUCUAUGCUUCUAUCAUGAACACGAUAUCUCUUUCAGGUUUUCUUCUCCGCUCUUUUCUAGGAUUUCAUGUCCCGUUCUCCUCUCUUAAUACGCAGCUGUGGAAACGAUUCAGGGGAAACGACAAGCCCCCAGAACAUCUGGGCGCAAGCAAGGAGUACAACGUCGACAUGAUCCCAAAGGUGAUGAUCUGACAGAGAGCUCUCUCAGACGUGCUGGCUGCUUCUGUACAGGAUCCAGUGACCGAAGAAAGCUGCAAUGGCUGUUACCUGAAUCAUAAUUAAUUUCUCUCCUGAAUUUGAUCCGUCUUUUUAUUCUGGCCCCCUUUUCCGCUAUUCUUCCUCAAAUCCCUAUUCAAUAUUUGUAAACCUCAAAAUCUCGAUGUCCAUUCAACAUCCAGAAGAAACAAACUAUCGUCAAUAACAUUUUUGCGAUUCUCAAUUUUCUAGCGCAAGAGUUUACUGUUUCAUAUUCACCUGUUGUAAAAUGGUUUGAAAUGCAUAUUCACCAGUUUACUUCUAUCACUCCCGGCUACCAAUUUAUCGUCCUCGUACACGUAAAAAGCUCCGUUAAUAGGACAAGUCUUCCAAAAUUUAUUUUUUAAAAUGAAUGAAGAAUCAUGAUCUUAUUGCUGUUGCAGUUCAUGAUGGCCAACGGUGCUCUGGUUCGUGUUCUCAUCCACACAAAUGUUACAAAAUAUCUCAACUUCAAGGCAGUUGACGGGAGCUUUGUGUACAACAGAGGGAAAGUAUGACGCCUUGACAACGCAUAAUGGCCGGUGCUCCUCUUUAUUCUUUUUCCAUUCAUGAGCUUACAUUAUGCUUCCUGACCUGCUCACAUUUUCAAGAUAUACAAAGUCCCAGCUACUGAUAUAGAAGCCUUGAAGUCCACGCUGAUGGGGCUUUUAGAAAAACGCCGGGCUCGGAAGUUUUUCAUUUAUGUGCAAGAUUAUGAUGACAAUGACCCGAAAUCUCACGAAGGACUGGAUCUCAAUAAAGUCACAGCAAGAGAGAUCAUCUCGUAUGCCUCUCAACCUUAUUUUUAUCUUACCUGAAAAUAUACAAUGGUAUAUGGAUAGAAACAUGAAACCAGCGUGCGAUGCCCGUUGUCUUGUCUUGGAAGCUGUAUACUUCUGCGCUUAGAGUUUCUACCGUACGAGACAUGCAAAUAUGAUAUUUUCCCCGUUUUUGGAUUUCUCUAGUGAUAGAAAAUGGGGAGCUUUGGAGACUGUUGGACCUGCUUGCACCACGUCAAAGAGGCCAGAUUUUUAUUUAUGCUCGUUUUUCUUCGUUCUGUGGCAGGUGUUCCUACAGCUAACGACAGAACGGACACCCUGAACUUGCAUGAUGUAGCUUGAACUUUUAUUCAGAAAGGAAACAACUGAAAGCCAAACACUAGUGCAAAAAACAUUUAGACCUGAUAAGAAAAAUGAAAUAUUUCAACUCAUCGGCAAGGAAUUUAGAGAAGCUACGAAUCAAAACACAGCCUUUUUGUCCAUCCCAUCAACUUUUAAAAAUUCUAGUAGUUCCUGGAAGUAUACUCGGUUUCUUAUUUCUCUACCCGAAUGUUCGAGUAACACGAUAAAUUUAAAUCUUCGAUCUGAGCCUAUCAUGAAUGACCAAUAUAACCUCAUGCAGGCCAUUCUGUGAGAUUAGGAUGUUGCCAUAUAAGCAAGUCGGAAAAACUCCUUUAUUCCAAAACAUGAGCCCGAGCUAAUAUCAUGAGUGCAGUUUUAUUUUAUGAACUCGUUGCUAUUAUGGCCCCUCCUCCUGUUUCAUAAUUUUACUGCUCGAAAAUGAAACUUUCAGAUCAAUUCAAAAUAGACUAGUACAAAUCGAAGCUGAAGAGCAGCUUAUUGAUGCAUCCAACCAGCCUGCAAGUGAAACGACCAAGGUUCAUAUUGAUUGAUAAGGCCCCUGAAGGAGAAGUUUGUUUUAUCCCUUCUGUAAAUAUGAAUUACGCAGAAAUUCAGAAAAUCGAUGUUAUCACGGUACACUUUAUUUUGUGUGUAAUAUUUAUGGGCCUUUGGCACACCUUUGUGUAAUUGCGGAACAUUUAUUUUGUUCUGAAUGAACUGUCGUAAAUGGACAUAAUUAAUUGAAAAAUACAUGAUUUUUCGUUCCGUAAAGGAUGCGAAUCUUCUAGCCUUCAAUCCUUUAAUGCUUCUUCCGCCUUCCUGCAGAAAGUAUGGCCUUGAUGAGGACACAGUCGACUUUAUUGGGCAUGCUUUAGCACUUCAUCCAGACGACAGCUACUUAGAUGGGCCUGCAAUGGACACUGUGAAGAGAAUGAAGGUAGUCUUCUUAUGGUUACUUACGAACCACGAACAAUAAAUUCCCCACACCCCCCCCACCCCAUACCAAAAAAAAAAGAGAAGAGAGAGACCAACUUGUUACAUCUCGCCACAAACUCGUCCUUAGAGGUCUCCUAUAUACUCUUGGUCAGGACCUAAAACAUUAAUUUAUUUUAGCUCUCGUAUAUUAUAUUAUAUUUUAUCAUAGUUAGAGGUUUCCUGUAUAAUAAUGAAUUCUUUCACAAGCAUGUUCGUGUCGUAUUCUAGCUAUGCUGAUUAUUUUGGGCUUUAUCUGACUAGCUAUAUGCUGAGUCACUGGCGAGCUUUCAAGGAGGCUCCCCUUAUAUUUAUCCUCUGUAUGGGCUGGGAGAACUUCCACAGGUUUGCGCUCAUCAAUGGCUUCAGGAAUCAUUAUACGACCUUUUUUUCUCUGAGAACUCAGACACCAAACAUUUCCAGGGAUUCGCCCGUUUAAGUGCUGUUCAUGGCGGAACGUACAUGCUCAACAAGCCAGAGUGCAAGGUAAAAUCAGUUAUAAUUUGAAGAAACAAAAAAAAAUUAUAGACGAAGUGCAUUGGUUUCCCCAGAAUUCAGAAUACUGGUGGAUACCCUGAGUGACCUAUUUUCUAAUUUUCUAGAUAGAUAUCUCAUUUCCCUUAGUCGAUUUUUUUAUUUCCAGCAAGUUUUUCCUUUUCUUUUCAGUUCUUCAGCAUUCGAGGUCAAUUUUUUAUUUUUUUUUCAAGAGACUGUGUGUGGUUUGUGGCAGGUAGAGUUUGAUGAGAAUGGAAAAGCUUGUGGGGUAACAUCAGAUGGAGAAACUGCUCGAUGCAAGAAGAUAGUAUGUGACCCAUCCUACUUACCAAACAAGGUAAAGAACCUUAUAACCUUAUAGUCUGUGAGGAUAUCGAUUUUAUCUGAUAAAACUCUGCAUGUCGACUGACAAUUAUUAACAGGUUCAGAAGGUCGGAAUGGUUGCCCGGGCAAUCUGCAUAAUGAGCCACCCAAUGCCACAUACCAAUGAAUCCCACUCGGCACAGGUUAUUCUACCCCAGAAACAGAUUGGGCGUAAAUCCGACAUGUAGGUUGAUUGCUCCCUCACUAUAAUAUAUAUAUAUAUAUAUAUAUAUUCAGUUCAACCUUAAGAUAAAUCAUGAAACAAUAUUUUAAAAUAAAUAAAUAAAGAAAAUAUCUCUCUUUUCGCGAGAAAGGCUUGACAGUAGUGCUCAAGGAAAGGAAUCGAAAGAAUGACAAAACAGAAGUUGACCUUUUUCUGUCAUAAUCUUGUUGAAUGUCCUCCGAUGUCAUGCCUGCAGGUACCUGUUCUGCUGCUCCUACUCCCACAAUGUGGCGCCAAAAGGCAAAUACAUUGCCUUCGUCUCGACAGAAGCUGAGUCGAACCAGCCUGAAGUGGAAUUGAAGCCCGGAAUCGAUCUUCUGGGACCGGUAGAUGAGAUCUUCUAUGAUAUGUACGACAGAUACGAACCAAUCAACAAAAGUGACGACGACAAUUGCUUUAUAUCUACUGUGAGUACUUCUCUCGUCCUUGCCCGGCACACAGUGAACUAGGAUCCUUGUUCUUCAGACAUCGGCCCCUCACAGCUUCGCAUCUUUGUUUCCUUGGCAAGUUAUGAACUUUGACUUUUACCCACCGGGAUUCAGGAGCACGGAAGCCUUGCAUGACUAUCUUAUACCUUUUUCUUCCAUCGACAACUCAUAAAAAUAUCAUAACUUGAGCUGGUUAUGUUUCUACCUGUUUCUGUUUCAUCCUCACAGAGUUACGAUGCCACAACCCAUUUCGAGUCGACCGUGAAAGAUGUGAUCUCCAUGUACUGCAAAAUAACCGGAAAGGUAAUUUCUACAUCGUCUUUUUUUGGCAAUUUUUGAUUUAUUAUUUCCCUCAGGACUGGGAUCUUCCUACUGAUGAACCUUGAAACUGAUGUAAGGUCGGUGAAGAUGACGUUGACUUCUUGACAUUUUUUCAAUCGUCGUCAUCACAUUUUGACUUUCGCGCGUCGUAAUAUCUUCUCAGCUUCAACGUUAUAAGUUUUACCAUUCGGACUCAAGAUCAGCGUCUCGCGCAGGUUCUCGACCUAACAGCGGACAUGAGCGCCGCCAGUGCUGCCAGCGGCUAA